UGUAGUACAAUCCGAUACAAAUUCCCUUGCAUAGUUUUGAGUCGCCUUUCACUUUGGUAGUUAAUAACAAUAAUGCUGCAAGCGCAGCGAGUUGUUGACGAAGACUGUGUUCAUCCAGAAAGCAGAAGAAUGAGUCGAAGACGGACCCAUGCAGCGAUAAAGGCAAUUGCUCAGCCCUACACUCCUCCAUUAACUCUAGCCCGAGCAAAACGUUCUCAGCUUACAGGAAAUAUCCUCGUGGAAAAAGAACGUUCUGCAGCGUUUUCAAACACUGACCCUGUGUUGGAGUAUCUAACUGUCGUGCCUGAGGAUGUAGAGGCUACAAAUCCUGUUGAGGACCUAAGCGUUGAUGACCCGGAGAAUCAAAAUCCUGUGAAAUACAGCACACUGGAACUGAUUGACUACGACGUCUGGCGCUCGGAACUACUACUGAUGUUGUCCGUCAGAGACAUUAUUCGACUGGGUCAAAUGUCUCGUCAUUUCCACAGAUUGUUCAUGGACGAAGAAAUAUUUCGGAUGCUAUGCGAGCGCCGAUACGACAUGAGCCCCAGGCUGCACAUGAAAGUCAGUUACAAGACAAUAUGUAAAGCGCUCUACACAGCCGUGGCAGUGGCGCACUUGAAGGCUGACAUAAUGUAUUUGUUAUACAGGGGACCAAGAGCAUUCAAGGACUUUUCCUUUUUGAAUUUGUGUACCGUCAAACGGUCGUUAGCUAGUCUCCCAGUUUUGACUAGAAUCAUGCAGACGGGUUCAGACACGAUGCAGCUGAAUUAUCUCCUAGAUCUGCCCGGUUUCAACAUUUCCUCCCUUGUUGCGGAAAGUCAAGCGCUGAUUACCUUCCCCAAUUUAUCAGAAGAGGAUCUCAGACGACGGUAUACUGGUGAGAUAUUUGACAAUGGGAACACCCGAAGUUAUGCGCUGAGCAGUCUACAGGAGAUGGAGGUGGCCCGAUACGGCUCUGUAGAGGCAUACCAGGCUGUCCUUCUAGAGGAGAUGCUUGGGUCAACACCGGAGCUGGAGAAAUAUUUAGUUUAUCACUACCGAUCUGAGAAAUGGUCUCAAGUUGCUGACUACUUGCGCGAUCGCAAAGUUAAAUUUGAGGUAGAGGUAUUGCUUGACUCCAUCGGUGAAACGUGGUUCGGCUCGGUCAUGACUCAAGUAGUACGGAAAAUUCGCAAGCAUCAUUCCGCAGUAGAAUCGUACCUCGAAAAUCGUCUCUUUAUGUCCAUCGAAGAUUACUUCGGUGCUUGUGCAGAAUACCACAGGCAGCAACACAAGAAAAUGAACAGAUUUCAAUGGUUGCGUCACCAGAAGGCUCUUUUCCCAGGUUUUGGCAGCUAUAUUGCUAUCCGAUAUCCUGAUCACAAUGUGUGGACAAGAGAAGAAUUACUUGACACCAUGACAGAGUAUGGUAACACACUGGACCCAUAGAGCCAGAAUCGGGCUGCAGUGAGUGAAUGAGCCCAUAGAGCCAGAAUCGGGCUGCAGUGAGUGAAUGAGCCCCAGCCACACCAGCCAUCUCAUUAGCUGUUCUCCUGUUGUGAAAUUCCCCAUUCAUCUAUCACACUAAACGUGCUAUGUUGUUAUUGUUUACACUUGACCCGCACGAGUUGAGUACAUGUAAUUACAUGUAGAUUGUAUUGUGUUCAUCAACUAUGCAUGGCCUUUUUUACCAGGCGUGGGCCAUCCCCUGAUUUCAUAGG